AUGUCUAUAAUAAAAUCAAGAGAUUCAGAGUCGGUGUCUUUAGACAUUCCAAGAGUCACUCGCUCUAUGAAGCAUUUCCCUACCGGAUCACAAUACGAAGGCUCCUGGGAUUUACUAGGAAUGAGCGGCUACGGGGUAUACAAAUACUCUAACGGAGUUAUUUACGAGGGUGAUUUCGAUGAUGGUAUGUUUCACGGGAAGGGUGACCUUAAAUAUCCAAGUGGUGAUAUAGUACGUGGCACUUGGAAGAACGGACAGUUAAUUGAGAGGAAACUCAUAUUCGCUGACGGGCUGGAGUUUAGCGAAACUAACUGGAUGUACUGCAGGAUGCCAGAUAGAAGAUUCACGAUAGAAUACGAUCUUGGUAUUCAACCGAGUGGUGAGUCCUUCAUGACGGCAGAACAACCUCCACGAGAAAUACCAUAUGGAUAUUACGACACAGGAGACGGCUUCUACGACCCGGUCACUAAAGUAGUGUUCAGUGUUGAAAAUACUAGCACUAUUAUCAGAUCGCCUUCGGAACGGGAACAGAAAUGGAUAAUCGAGAAUUGUCGCACCAAUCCCGAAUUGCCUUUGGGUCCUAGGAAGGAUCUUUACGAGGAAUGGCUGGAACCGAAACCUAGUCUACCAGUGCUGCCAUCACCAGCAUCGGAAUCAAGAGGAGCUUCGUUAUCAACAAGGCCAUCCACUUUGGACUCUGACCGCGAAACGCUCGAUGAAGACGGCUACAGCAUUCGUUGGCGGAGCAGAAUGUCAUCGUUUAGAUGGAACCAACGGCCUUACAUCAAAUUCGAUAUUAACGAAACUACUUGA